GUUUAGCUGGGUAGUCAGCUGUUAGACGAGAGAGAAGAAGCCGGUAACUAGACCUCUUCAAGGAUAAAAUAUGAUGGCAGAUGACAUCCAACCGCCUCUCUUCUCUGAUCCACUGGCUGAUCCUAUAGUAAAAAUUACAGAUGCUGCCAAAAAGUUAAAGGUGCUUGGCUGCGUACUGGAAUUAGGUUUGUUUGAGGAAAUGGAACAGUCUUGUAACGGGGUGUCAGUUCCAACCCUGGCUAUUAAACUUGCAUACGACGAGGAUGUGUUACAGAGAAUAAUGAACACGCUUGUCUGUUUACAAUUACUCGAGAAGACAACAAAUAAUGGCUCUACUGUAUAUCGUAACACGCCUGCCACCAGUAAAUAUCUGAUAUUAUCCAAGAAACCUACUCUGAUACACUAUGUAAAUAGCGAGAUCAAAAUGGUUAUGACAAUGUAUGAUAAUAUUUCUACCGUUCUUCAAAGGGGCAAAACCGACAACUUAAGUGAAGCCUACGAACGAGGUAAAAUGGAUGAACUACACAUCAUAUCGUUGUCAAAACAAAUGAACAGAACUAAUCUAGAAACAAAGAACAUACCAACACAGGUUCCUCUUGACAAAAACCAAAAUCCAGUUUCAACAAACGUAAAGCAAAAGAAUCAACUUUCACCAAUAAAUUUUAUGUUAGCAAUGGAUGGUAUCAUUACUCCCACAGCAUCAGUGAUUACCAAAGCUUUUGAUCUCAGUGGACAUAAAACACUCUUAGAUCUUGGAGGUUGCUCCGGAUAUCUAACAAAUGAAUUUGUUCGGAACUACCCUGGUUUGAAAGGUGUAGUCUUUGAUUUACCGGACACAGUUAAACUGGCAAAGACACUACAAGAUGAGGAUAUGAAAUCUCGUGUUACAUAUGUUGAGGGUGAUUUCUUCAAAGAUAAUUUCCCUCAAGCUGACGUAAUACUUUUAAGCCAUAUUAUCCACAACUGGGAAAGGAACGGGGUUGAUGUUAUUCUGGGAAAAGCUUUCAGCCGACUACCAUGUGGCGGGGCAUUAAUACUGGCAGAAAAGUUCUUAAACGAGGAGAAAACUGGGCCAGAGACGAGCGUGCUCUUUGAUCUUUCCAUGAGUUUAAUGUGCAAAGGAAGAGAGAGAACUCAGACAGAAUAUAGACAGUUGCUUUUUAGUCACGGGUUCAGAAAUAUUGAAGCAAAAACAAUUGAAGGUUUCAACUAUCAUGACAUCAUUAUUGGUCGUAAACCAUUUUAACAUCGGAAAAAUGUGCAUGUUCUCUAUUGUAUAGUGGUUGUUUCAUUUACCACUUAUCAGCAGGUUCUCAAAAUGUUUUAAAGAAUACGUUAGAUCUAUUAAGUAUUUUUUUGUUUCAAUAUCUGAAUCGUUUAGCCGUAUACAAUUUUAUUGAAAAUGCAAAUAUUAUUGUAAAUCAUCACAAAUUCGCAUCUCCAUUCACAUGGACAACAAGCUAUCAUAUCAAAUCCUCAAACUCCCCAAGCCAACUGAAAAAGACACCAGUUUCUACAUAGGUACCCUAAUCAAAGACGUCAUCAAUGCAAAUGGUAAAUCUCGGCCAUCAGUACCUCUAUGCGAAAGGAUAUGCCGACCAACAGAAAACCACAUCAAUCAGAGAACAUCAGCCCAAACUCACCAAUAUUGACUUUGUUGUAUCCGCACACCUUAAAAAUAACCGACGCCAUAGUGUUGCCUGGUCAGCAGUUAGAACAUUAAAUUUAACAACAGAUAUUAACCUGGGGUUGUUUAAAGCUUUGUUAAUUUAUAACGACUCGUUAACAUGGAGUAAUCGGAUCGUAGAGACUUUAACGGAGAGAAAGUCUGUCGCUGGAAGCCCCGUUAACUUUAACAUGUCGCUAACUUGCCGUUGUAUUGUAGCACUAUCCGUCCGGCUACAUAUCUUUUAGUUUUGGCCUGACAGUGUUUUCUCACGAUUUCGAAAUCGAAUAUGUAACAAAUAUGUAGCAGGAACAACAAUAGUUUAUCUGAACGUUUUUAUGUUACAUCAGUUAAGCAAUAGUCUACAUUAUAAUAUUUAAAAUUACACGUCUUUCUCUCAAACCCCUCCAAACACCAGAGCGAGUUAGCUGAUGGAAACCUCUACAUACUGGCUUUCUCAGAAACAAUGGUUGUCUGGUGUCUUAUCAUUCGAGCCCUAAGCUCUCUCUUUUAUAGGUGCCUACCCCUAAUUGAUUUACGUCAUAGACUGACAACAGCUAUAUUUCACCAUACCCUGCAUACUGGCAAGGAUUAUUACCUAACUUUGUUAACAGAUAUGAUAUACAUUUUAUAACAUAGAAACAUGUAAAUGACCAACAUGUGUAUUAAACAUACAUUAUGCAAGAGCUAAAUCUGUCUAUCGCAGGUCUUUCUUUAGGCCUGAAAUGUUAUCUAAAUUAUUAAUUAGACAUUAAUUAACCUCUCCAGCCCAUAAUCAACUCUAGAUGGCAUCGCUAGCCUGCGAUCUUUAGUGGAUUAUCAGCCGAUUUACUGCAUAACUUUCCUUCGCGAUUUAACGAUUAAAUGGAUAAUCGAGACUAUGCUGUUUAUCGUACUGACUUUAGUAAUAAUUAUCGAACCUAGGCGAAAAUUUCAAACGCUUUUUUCUCGGUUCUUAGUGGAUCAAUUUGAAUGAAAUUUUCAGCAAAUUGCCUUUACAUUAUCUAGUUUUUAACUAUUAUAGUGAGAACUGCCAACUCGUUAAGGAAUCUCCCAUAAUGUAUCUUUAAUCUAUAGCUCAGUUAACGUAUCAAAAUAACCUGCAUUACUUGCUAAAUUUCUUGAUUAUGAAUUUAUAAUCAAUAAUUUGUAAAGAUAACAAUAUUGUUUCAGUCACCAUAUUGUUACAGUAUUUAACGAAGUUGUUGAGCCCCGUUAUCGGCUAACGAUGGCAUUUGUCGGCUCUUAGUCGAAGUAUGCCCUUAGCAAACAGUCCUAAAAUUCUAGAGUUGCGGUCAAUCUCAUUUUCUAUAGGUUGAAAUUAUAUAGUUUUCUACAGAGCGGCCCCAAUCAUUCUCCCGUUACUGUAAUGCAGAACCUAUAGUUUUUCCUACAGAUUUAUGGUAAAGUUUCUGUAUAGUUUUCUAUAGAUUUUUUAUAGUGUUUUCUGUAGGAAAUUCUACAGUUAUCUUUUGUCUUUAUCAAGUUUUGUGUACAGACAAUAAUGUCCCACUAUCUUCAGUUUCAUCUAUGAAGUACAUUAAAUUUAAAAUUGAGCCAAUAACCAAUCAGUCUAUUUGCUAGCGGAUAAUGAAAUUGACUUUCCAGCAACAGAAAUUUAAUGGACAGUAAUAAAGAAUUCUACGACCAGUUAAUCCAGAAAUAGAUGAUUAUAACUGAUAUUUAUCCAUUACAUUUAUUAUUUCCAAAUAUCUUUAUAACUAUUUCCUAAAUAAUUUUAUAUAUUACUUUUAAUUGAUACAUAAUUUAUUGAUUUUACUCAACUGAAAUUCUACUGUGGUACAGUAUCAUGAUAAUUAUAAACUGUAAAAUAAUUAAUAAAUAUCCAUAGCUUAUAACCGAGUUUUAAAGUCACAUUUUUACAUACAAGAAUGUUUUUAUGAUUUUACCCUUUUUAUGCCUCCUUUAUAUGUAAAUAAUUGUGAUUAAAUCAACAUGUCCAUAAUAGCCAAUGUAUUGGACGUUAAAAUGGUAAUAAACUACGACAACAAUCAA